GUCCAGAACCCAUAUUCAACAUCGCCUUUAUUUUGAAAUUCCCGAACCUGAAGAUUUUUAUUUCCAGGUCAGCUUGAAGGUGUCAAAUGUCAAAACAGAGCAGCAGCAGCCAGCACAGUGGAAAUGGAAACUUAACACGGUCGUUAAUUACACACGACAUGGAGGUGACGGAGAAGGGGUGGCAGCAGGUGGAGGAGCAGGUGGAGAGGCUGCUAAGUGGUCAGGGGUCAGAGGUAACCGCCUGUGACGUGGGCCUGGAGCAGAGCAAACCGGCGACUCUGAGGAAGACCGUCACCUACAUUGUCUGCGCUGUCAUCUUCAAUGAGAAGGAGGAGGUGCUGAUGGUGCAGGAGGCAAAGCCGGACUGUUAUAAGCAGUGGUACCUGCCUGCCGGGAGGGUGGAGGUGGGGGAGAGCCUGGAGGAGGCGCUGAGGAGGGAGGUGAAGGAGGAGGCGGGGUUUGACUGUGAGCCAAUCACCUUGCUACUGAUCCAGGAGCAGGGACCGCAGUGGAUCCGCUUUAACUUCCUUGCUAAAGUCACAGGUCAGAGGUCACACAGAGCCUACACGCACGUUUGUACUUCUGUUCUUAUGAGGACCCUCAUGAACAUAAUUAACCAAACUGAGCAUGACACUGUCGGAUAUCCCUCUGAAACAUCUGGGGAUGAGAGAGAACAAGAGGGUUUCACUAAAUCUCUGACUGUUCUUACCAAACCCACACAUUUUUAUAUAUUGAAUACUGACCCUGACUCUGGCUGCUGUGAUGCUUUCAGGUACCGUCAGGAUCCCUGCCAUCCUGUCACGUUACCUGUAGACCUGAGCUGCCGUCACGUGGUGCAGAGACUUGUCCUGGUCUUCACCAACGCUAAGGAACAGAUCUGGGUCCUGCUUAUCAAAGCCCCGGUGCUCCACCUUCCCACGGCGGCGGCGGUAAAGACUCACGCGGUGACGUGGGCGGCCAACAUGGUGGUGCAGGAAGCCAUGCCGUCAGCAUAUUAUGACCAAGACGUCAACACGCUGGGCGUCUUCAGCCUGCAGCACAACGGGCGUCAGCAUGGGAAGACAGACGGCGUGUGCUUCAACACGCUGGUGGCGCUGGUCCCUGACCACGUCCAACGCAAUGAGGACGGAGAAAAGGUAGAGUGGACGGGGACGGGACAGCCUCCACCUGUAGAAAACCCUCGAUACGUCUGGCACGAAGUCCAGAAACAAACACUGAAAGAGAAACUGCUGGAGAAGACCAAAAACACCUCCAUUUUACCUAUGCACAGCCUGUACUGACCACAUUAUAUCACUGUAUCAUUCCCCAAGAGGACUCUUAUUGUGUUAAGAACACUGUUGGCUUUUCUUAAAGGAGAUUUUAUUCUGAAAGUAAAUGUCUUAUUUAAUUUAUCAGUUGGAUUGAAGAGUUUUAAUGUCAACAGAACAAUAAAAUACUUAUGUUAUAUCUGAUUGAUUCCAUAAGAAAGAUUCUAAACUUUCUUUAGAGUGAAAAAAAACGCUUUAAAUUAAUACGCUUUAAAUUAAUACGCUUUAAAUUAAUACUUCAAUAUUUUGGGAAAUACACUUAUUCUUUUUGUUUCAUAUAUUAUAUACCCAACCCCCAAUAUAACAUGCAUAUAUUAAACAGAUGCUUAUCGGUUUUAACAGUUUUAGAUGCAAUAUUAUAUUAUAUAUGGUUAAACAAUAUUGGCCCAUUCUCAAUCACUCAGAAUAAAAGCCAAUAGGUGCUCUACAGAUUUACAGAUACAUAUAAGUUAAAAUAAUCAAUACAUUUAAAUAGGCAAAUAUGUUUAAUGUAUUUCUUUAACUGUCUUUAAAAUUAAAAUUAGCUUAUCUUUGUUUAACCACAAACAAAACAGGUUGAAGGUAUUUUAAUAUGACCAGAGGCUGCUGUUGAUGUGGAGAGAGAACAAGCUGCAGGUGGGAAUCCAUUGACAGGUGGUUUUAUUGUUUUCAGAGAUGAGGGAGAGGCACAUCACACUCAUGUUUGUUAAGGCGAAGUACCGCAGUGGAUGGAUAUCUGUCUUCCACAAGCAGCCAGAACCUGUCUUGUUUUUAUCUGCCAAGCAAACUUUGGCAGUAAGUUGUACAUUAGCCAAUUAAAAGGAAGGAGGAGGAGAUUUUUAUUUUUGAUGUUAUAUUUUAUUGUUAUGGCUGAUACCGUGGCAGGAUCAGCAAAGAGAAAAAAGAAAAGAAUGCUCCGCAUAAUAAAAAAAAAAAA